AUGGGUUUAGUAAAAAGGAGACAAUGGAAAUAUGGCAAGGUAUGUUCUGACCAAUCCCAGUCAAUAAUCUGACCGCUGUAUUUUGAACCCAUUGAAGUUUCAGUGUCAUCCCCCAAACCAUCCCAUGUACAGUGCAUUGUGAAAGGCAUGGCAGACUCUUUUGCCAAAUGAUUAGCAACCGGCACAGGGAAGCAUAAACCUGAACUUGGAUAUGUAAAACGUAUUUGCAGAGUCUCUCAAGUCCUUUCCAAAGAAAACUCUACCGAAUGCUGUUUGUCUGUUAAGGACAGCACCUGUCAAAAGCACUUUCACUGACAUGGCAGCAGUCAACAUAUGUCUGCUGUGCUCACUGAUUGCCUGUGUUUUCCUCUCACCGCCCCCCCAACCCCCCACUGCAGUCAGAUUACAGAUGGCUGGGUCUUUUCAAUGAAAUUCUUCCUGGCACACACAUGACAUCAGUCCCAUAGAUUAGAAGAAAUUCUAGGCAGAAGCAGUGGUCCUUUUAAAAGCCUUUGAAAACCCUUAAUCUUCUUCUGCCCUCCCCUCACAUUAACAAUGCAGAGAAACCCCAGGGAUAAUCCCAAAUGACACAGUGCAAGCAAGUGCUCUUUAGCCUGAGGAGAGGAAGGCGGAUUUUUUUAUUGGGCCUGGGAGGAAGGAGCAGAGGAUUGCUGCAAAUUAUAGUGCCUUGGCAGGAAAGAAAAUUAGAGCUUAGACUAUCAGUACAACCCUGUGCAAAUUUACUCGAAAGUAAGCGCCACUGAACCCAAAUAGGUGCAAAGGGGAUUGCAGCUGGUGUCAUGUCAAAAUUACUGUGCUUGAAUACUUCAGAAACUUUAUAUCUGAUAAUGCAUGUUAAACAACGUUUGAAUGCCCCAAAAGAAUGUGUCAGACUACCCAAAGGAGAAAAAAAAAUGAAUUAAACAUGGGCUGUAAAAUGGAGAAUCAAAAGAGGAACUAAGUAAUAUUGUUUCAGUCUUCUAGUUUUGCUUAAGAAACAGCACACACAACCAUAAUCUGGGGGUGGGGGUGGGGUUCGUCUUUGUCACCGCAAAUUUCUAUAUUACAUCCAUGCUUUUUAUUGUUAAAUUUGCAGCUGUUAACAAUCUGCCCAUCCUUGCAGCUGCUAAAAAUUCCAAUCGCUCGCCAGCAUAUGGAACAGACAGAACUUCUGCCUAGUUUAACAGCACAAGUCUAGUAUACAUGUCAACUCAGGAGGUUGUCCCAUAGAGGUAAGUACAUGUAGGAAUGCCAACUCAAUUCUGCAUGGAAAAACUCUACUUUUGCUUAAAAACAAACACCAUUUAUCAAGGCUAGGGCAGAUUAAAGCUACAAUAAGCCACUGCAAAUAAGGCUGCAAAUAUUCUCCCUGCUUAUUUGGAUGCAAGUAUCAUUGAACAAAGCAAGGGAUGCGGGUGGCACUGUGGGUUAAACCACAGAGCCUAGGACUUGCCGAUCAGAAGGUCGGCGGUUCGAAUCCCCGUGACAGAGUGAGCUCUCGUUGCUCAGUCCCUGCUGCUGCCCACCUAGCAGUUCAAAAGCACGUCAAAGUGCAAGUAGAUAAACAGGUACCAGUGUGAAGGUGCGCUGCUCUGGUUCGCCAGAAGCAGCUUAGUCAUGCCGGCUCCCUCGGCCAAUAAAGCGACAUGAGCACCGCAACCCCAGAGUCGGUCAUGACCGGACCUAAUGGUCAGGGGCCCCUUUACCUUUAUCACUGAACAAAGGAGUGGGUUGCAUUUAUUUAUUUGCAUUUAUUUUGCAGCACCGAAUACAGUGGAACUUCUGCCUCAUAUAAGUGAGGGAGGCAAAUGCAACCCUCAGGGACGUCUCAAAAUCAGGACUGACCCAAACGUUACACUUUAUACGGUUUAUUUUGUGCCUUCAGUUUUAACAUUGUAAACCAACUUUUGCGUCCUGGCAGGAAGUGGGUAUAUAAAUAGACAGCUUCAAGUAAACUUGCGACAAACAUCAGCUGAAAAUUAAUUACUAGGAAGCAAAACCUAUAGAACUCAGCCAGGGGCUUAUUCAGCUGUCACUCAGCAGCUUUCUAACAUCCCUUUUCACCACGUGAGUUGCGGCUCCGCCCUUCCCGAGUGAGGGCAAGAGAAGGGCUACAGGGCUUCGGCCGCCGCCACCGAGCAUGCUCGGGAAGGGUGGCGCAUGCUCAGUGAAGAACUCGGCAUGAAGAACACCUUUCCUCCUCUUUUCUUUUCAAGGGUUGCGCUGGGGCCUUCGGCUCCCCGCUGAGGGAGAGGGAGAAGGCAGGCUUCUUCCGGAGAACAGGUAGCUACAGAAACACACGCACCCGGGUGGGGGUGCUCGGUGCGGGGGGUGGCGGCGAGGACGGCGCGGAAUACCAGCACGAGAAGCGGCGGCGGCGGCGACAGCGGCUUUCCUAACGGCCCUGUCUCGAGACGCGGCGGUUGGGCUGCGCAUGCGCGAGGGAUGGGUGGUUUUGGUUAUUUAAAAAAGAGCCGUUAGCGGCCGAGGAGCGCGAGCGCCACCUUCAGGCAGGGUGGUGUCAAAGCAGGAGGGAAGCCGCACGGCGAGGGGACUGAAGCAAUGAGAAUGUGGGCGGGGCUUGUCAGUUUUCUCCCGCUGAUUUGAAUGGACGAACGGGAGCCUUGGAGCAGGAUUGGCUGUUCCCUCACCCGCCCUGUUUCUUUUCUCCAUAUUAGGAAGAGCGGCUCAUUUGCCAUUGAGUUUAUGUCACAAAGCUCACGGGCGGCAUUAUUAUUAUUAUUAUUAUUAUUAUUAUUAUACCCCUGGCCCCCUUUGCGUGUCUGUGUCACUCUGUUUCCUGCCUUCUACUACUGUUAUUGUUACUGUAUUUAUUUAUUUAUUCCCCCCCUUUUUUUUGCUUGACAGUGACUCAAGGCAGGCUUACAGAUAAAAAUAAGACCUUCAUAUCCUAUAUAUAUAUAUAUAUAUAUAUAUAUAUAUAUAUAUUAUUAAAUAUUUUCUUGUUUUACAGAAGUAUGUGUAAUGUGUGUGUGUGUGUGUGUAUAUACACACACACACACACACACACACACACACAUAUAUACACACACACACAGCAGUUUGCAACGAUAAAGAAACAUAAAACCAGAGAAAUAACAUCAUGAAAAGUUUAAAAUGAGUUAAAAGCAAAAAAAGAAGAAAAGGAAUUAAAAGCAGACGUAUGGAACUAGGGGUACGCGGGUGGUGCUGUGGUCUAAACCACUGAGCCUAGGGCUUGCCAAUCGGAAGGCCAGCAGUUCUAAUCCCCGCGACGGGGUGAGCUCCCAUUGCUCGGUCCCUGCUCCUGCCCACCUAGCAGUUCGAAAGCACAUCAAAGUGCAAGUAGAUAAAUAGGUACCGCUCCGGUGGGAAGGUAAACGGCAUUUCCAUGCGCUGCUCUGGUUCGCCAGAAGCGGGUUAGUCAUGCUGGCCACAUGACUUGGAAAAGCUGUCUGUUGACAGCCUUCUCAUCUUUGCUGUGUGCAGCUUCUUCCAUCACUGCAGCACAGUCCACAUCUGGGGAGAUUCCUCCUUUUGAUUCAUAACGUUGCCAGAUUUCUUUCCUGGGGUCCGGACAUGACAACCUAUUAUUAUUUUCUGAUUAGGGUGCCAGGAACAAAGGAAGAUGGGAGCCUCUGUGGUUUACAAUAAUUAUGUAGAAUAUUGAAUUACAAUAAGCAUGUCGAAAUAAAUUAAAAAAUUGUCCAGUAGCACCUUAGAGACCAACUAAGUUUGUUCUGGGUAUAAGCUUUUGUGUGCAUGCAUACUUCUUCAGAUACAGUAAACAUGGUUUUCUCUCUCACACACACACCCCAAUAAACAUUUCCUGCUGACAUUUCCUCUUCCACACAGCCAUGGAAGACACAGCAUUCCCGUUCCUCUUUUGCAUCUGGUGCCACUUUUUGUUCCCAUUUGUGGCUUCUAAUGGUCCAUAUAUCUUGAAAGGUGACUCGUUAUAUCUUUUCCUUCAGAGAAGAAAUGAACUGGAGGGUGAUGCUGACGCUGGAGAACUUGGGGCAGUUGCAUCGUGCUUGCCGGCAGCUGCACUCCCUGGCUUAUGGGAAAGGACACCGAACACAGUGGAAGCCUGUCUUGUCAUCUGCCUACCCCAUGUGCCCAGUUCAGCUGCACCCCCUGCUCUGGCAGCCAGACACCAGCUCACAAUUCAGGCUUUUAACAACCAAGGAGGUAAUUAACAGCUACUUUAUUCUUGCUUCCAAGAAUUCCUGUUGUGUGUGCCUGUGGAAUGAAAGCUGGCGCUGUUUUGUGGAGGAAUCUUCAGUGUAUUUUGUAGGGAAACAAAAACGAUGGUUAAUGCAAAAGAAACGUUGAGUAAAAGUGUUUGAUCUGUUCCGAACAAAUUCAAGUGUGCCUUUUGCCCAGCCCAUCUUGAAACGACAAAAGUGGAAACCAUUGGAAACAAGAUGAAAAAUGGUAAUACGGCACAACAUAUGGUUUAAUUGUUCCUCUUUCAAAGUGCAUCAGCACUUUGUUCACUGGAGCGGAGUCCCUGUGGAUCUUUCUUACAUAGCUGUGUGUGUCCGGCUGCCGUAUAAGCAAAGCAGGCCUUGCAUUUUAAGAUUAUACAGCUUUGCGUGAAACUGCUUCCCCUUCCAUCCAUCCCAUGUGCACUCCUUGAACUCUCUUGCAGAGAAAGAAAUCAGCCAAGGAGAAACAGCGACCUGUACAACCAAAACCAGAGAAGCAGGAGGUUGAGAUAAUGUCCAGGAUGACCGUAGAAGACCUUGCAAAAGCCAUGCAUAAAGACAUAGGUGAGACUGUUUCUUUGACUUUGCAAAGGGCACCAUCCUCAGAAUUCCUUCUCAGCUGCUCCCACUUGAAUCCCCUUUUAGUGAAGCUCAGUAUAGCAUCUGCCCUGCAUGCAUACAAGUUGAGUUCACAGCCUCUCCAGGCAGCGCUGGCAAUGUCUCCUGUCUGAAACCUUGAAGAGACCCUGAGAUAGAUGGACCAAUAGUCUAACUCAGUAUAUUGCAGUUUCCUUUGCUGACAAGACAGGAGAAUGUGGGCCUUGUAUCUGCUGACUUGGGAGUCCUGCAGCGGAGCUUAUGUCACUCAUUAGCCCAUUUUAAUUGUUUCAAGAUUUCCUGCCUUUCCAGUGCCAUAAAGGAGGUUUGUGUAAGAUGUCUUUCAUCCUCUAGAGCAUUCCUCAGCCAUCUGCUUCCGAUGUGCUUGAGCUACUUUCAUCUGAGAAAGGUUUGAAUUAAAUGAAUUUGCCAUAGAAUUGGUCCCAGUUGGAUGGGGGUUUUUUUGUGGUGGGGGGUUGGGAGAGGAGAAUGGGAAACCCUUUGUUGUACUUCUUUAGCUUGUUUCAUUUAGAGUUUUUCCCCCACAUGUGAAAUAUAUUUUCCCAAGGUGGUAGUGAUAAAUUUUGUUGUUUAGUCAUUUAGUCGUGUCCAACUCUUCGUGACCCCAUGGACCAGAGCACGCCAGGCACUCCUGUCUUCCACUGCCUCCUGCAGUUUGGUCAAACUCAUGCUGGUAGCUUCGAGAACACGGUCCAACCACCUCGUCCUCUGUCGUCCCCUUCUCCUUGUGCCCUCCAUCUUUCCCAACAUCAGGGUCUUUUCCAGGGAGUCUUCUCUUCUCAUGAGGUGGCCAAAUUAUGGAACCUCAGCUUCAGGAUUUGUCCUUCCAGUGAGCACUCAGGGCUGAUUUCCUUAAGAAUAGAUAGGAGUCUCCUCCAGCACCAUGAUUCAAAAGCACAAAUUCUUCAGCGAUCAGCCUUCUUUGUGGUCCAGCUCUCACUUCCAUACAUCACUUCUGGGAAAACCAUAGCUUUAACUAUACAGCACUGAAAUCCAGGCUUGAAUUCAGCGGCUGCUGGGGUGGUGACUGCAAGUCCCUGUGUGACAAAGACCCUAUCCAGCUAGGCUCCAAGUAGUUCAAAUUGCUAUGUUUUACUUCCAUUGUUGAAGGCAGUAUGCGUCCAAUUGGCAGUUGCUCGGAAUCACAAGUGGGAGGGAGUGCAGUUGUUCUCACUUCCUGCUUUUGGGCUUCCCAUAAGCAUCUGGUUUGCUAAUGUGAGAACAGGAUGCUGCCCCAGAUGUGCCACUGGCCUGAUCCAGCAGGCUCUUCUUAGAGCUGCUUCAUCAACCAUGUUCUUCCUGAGGUUGGUGCACUGACCAAUACAACUUUCCGUUUCUGUUUUCAGAUCAUAUAUACGAAGCCUUGCUAAACACGAGCGUUGAUAUAGACGCACUAGAACCCGACUCGGUCCUGGAUGAAGUGUUGAUCAAGGACAUCGUUCAAAAAUCCGGCAUGAAACACAAAUGGGCCAAGUUGAAAGAAGACAAAAUCAAAGAAAACAAAGAUGCCGUAAAGAGGUAAUGGCUUGGGUUAAUUGAUUUUGGUUGCUAGGUUUAUGCAGACCCUGUUUUCCAUCGCCCUUUUGCUAUUCCGGCUUAUGUUUGAUGUCUAUAGUCUUUGAUACUCAUUCGCAAGCUUGGAUCCUAACUUUUCGCUUAGGUUUUUGUGUGUGCUAAUAUUGAUUUAAAAAUAUUAGUAACUUUAUAUGAAUGUACAAAUUAUAUCUAACUGCAUUUUCAUAAUAUUUUGUUUUAAGUUGUCUGUUGUUGUUUCAGUUAUUUGUAUACCGCUUAGAGAUAUUUUCAAUAUGUUAAGCAGUAUAGAAAUUAAAUAGUCAAUCAAAGCCUUAAUUAAUAUUGAGCCAAUUUUGUUUUCUCUCUGUCCACACCCCUUUUGCUUUGCUUAUCCUCUAGCCCAGUGGUUCUCAACCAUUUUUCUCUGAGCCGCGCUUUCAGAAUAAAAAUAUGCUUGCGCCACACUGAAAUUUUUAUUGAUAAGAAAUACGUUGGAAAACGAUUCCUGUGCUUCUGUCUACGAGUCCAAAUAAAAACCAUUUUAGCCGUUAUGGAAAUCUCAUUUGGUCAGUAGUAUUUGAAAUAAACCCUUCUCAGAUCUUUUAGUUUCUAUAACUCAAUAAACAAAGAAGCGCUGACCGAAGUAAAGCCCUUUGCUGUGAAGAGAGCACCCCGUUUCAUUUAGCCACAUAUCCAUGCGUACUCCAUUUCCUGAAGAAGAAAAUAACCACAUCUUGGCAGGCUACUGGCAUUGGGCUGUGACUCGUUGCUGAGGAUCGCAUGCUGAGAUCAUUGAUGCUCAGGAAUUUUAAGGGAUCUGUUAAGAGGAAAAUGUUAAGGAGAAACACAAGGAGGGUUUACUUCAUGGGUAGGCAAACUAAGGCCUGGGGCCGGAUCUGGCCCAAUUGCCUUCUCAAUCCGGCCCACAGACAGUCCAGGAAUCAGUGUGUUUUUACAUGAGUAGAAUGUGUCCUUUUAUUUAAAAUGCAUCUCUGGGUUAUUUGUGGGGCCUGCCUGGUGUUUUUACAUGAAUAGAAUGUGUCCUUUUAUUUAAAAUGCAUCUCUGGGUUAUUUGUAAAGGGAUCCCUGACCAUUAGGUCCAGUCGUGGCCGACUCUGGGGUUGUGGCGCUCAUCUCGCUUUAUUGGCCGAGGGAACUGGCGUACAGCUUCCGGGUCAUGUGGCCAGCAUGACUAAGCCGCUUCUGGCGAACCAGAGCAGUGCACGGAAACGCUGUUUACCUUCCCGCCGGAGUGGUACAUAUUUAUCUACUUGCACUUUGACGUGCUUUCGAACUGCUAGGUGGGCAGGAGCAGGGACCGAGCAACGGGAGCUCACCCCGUCGCGGGGAUUUGAACCGCCGGCCUUCUGAUCGGCAAGUCCUAGGCUCUGUGGUUUAGACCACAGCGCCACCCGCGUCCUGGGUUAUUUGUGGGGCAUAGGUUCUCUUUCCCCCCCAAAAUAUAGUCCAGCCCCCCACAAGGUCUGAGGGACAGUGGACCGGCUCCCUGCUGAAAAAGUUUGCGGACCCCUGGUUGACUUCAUUUGCAAGCCUUGUGUGUUUCUGUUCAUUGCAGGCCUCCUGCAGAUCCUGCUUCAUUAACUCCAAGGCCUCCAGUUGUUACCAUUCUGGGCCACGUCGACCACGGGAAAACCACGUUGCUUGACACGCUGCGGAAAACUCAGGUGGCAGCAAUGGAAGCAGGCGGCAUCACGCAGCAUAUUGGUGCCUUUCUUGGUAUGAUUUAUCAGAGUCAUUUUAACGUGCAUUGAUAAUUACGCUGACUUUUCCUCAGAUUGUCCCAUCCACACCAUACAUUUAAAGAACUCUUGGACCACUUUAACGGUCAUAGCUGUUAAGGGUCUCCCCUCAGCACCCUUGAACAAACUACAGCCCCCAGGAUUCCUUGGGAUCUCCACACAAUCUUGUUUCCUAAGGUGUUUUAGUGUCAGAAAACAGUCCCAGAUCUAAAGGUUGAGUUGCUGACGCUACUCUGCUGUACAGUACAGAAAUGAAGACCAGUGCUCGCUUCAGCAGCACAUAUAUACAGAAAUGAAGACCAGCUUCAAGAAUAAGGGGCGCGGCUUCCAAGAAAAUAAUAUUUAUCAUGAAGGCAUACAGUGGAAUUUGAGACUGCAGCAGUGACAGUAAAAGAAACCUUUAAAAAAUAAAACAUAUAAGAAAUAUAUGUUUAGCAGAUUCCCUGAGUUUGGCUUUGUGAAGAACUGUUGCUACCUUAACAGAAUCCAUGUUCAAAAGGAAUUUGAGCAAUCUGCAAUCGUGUAACCAUUUUUUGGUGGGGAACAAGACCCAUGGAGCUCUGCGGGGCAUAGAUUUUUGACAUGCAUUUAUAAUUUUUACAGUAGUGCUGUAUAGAUUUGAUUGUUGUUGGGGUUUUUGUUUUGGGUUUUUUUACAGUGCGUUUGCCUUCUGGAGAAAAAAUAACAUUUCUGGAUACACCUGGCCAUGCUGCCUUUUCAGCCAUGAGGGCGAGAGGUACACAUGUCACGGAUAUUGUCAUAUUGGUGGUAGCCGCAGAAGAUGGCGUAAUGAAGCAGACUGUGGAAUCUAUUCAACAUGCUAAAAAUGCCAAAGGUACAGCACUUUUCUUUAAAGUGGGUGGGAGGAAGGGAGAGAUAAGUGCCAUUGGUCAAAUAGCAUACAUACCGUAUUUUUCUCUCUAUAAGAUGCACCAGACCAUAAGACGCACCUAGUUUUUGGAGGAGGAAAACAAGAAAAAAAAUAUUCUGAAUCCCAGAAGCCAGAACAGCAAGAGGGAUCGCUGCGCAGCGAAAGCAGCAAUCCCUCUUGCUGUUCUGGCUUCUGGGAUAGCUGCGCAGCCUGCAUUCGCUCCAUAUGACGCACACACACUUCCCCUUACUUUUUAGGAGGGAAAAAGUGAGUCUUAUAGAGCAAAAAAUACAGUAAUCACUGAAAGCCUUCACUUUUUUCCAAGGCCCUUAGGUCAGAUUCUUGUUUGCGAGCUGCUCGUUCUGAUAUGGUGGGAUCAAAAUAUCUUCACAAAUAAAUAUCCUUUCACAACUGUAGUUUUGGGGAAACGUCUUUGGUUUGCAGCUUCCCAUGCUUCACUGUUUGGACUUUGGCAUUCUCCCCCGUUUCCUUUUCUCUCGCAGUUCCAAUUAUCGUUGCCAUUAAUAAAUGCGACAAGCCUGAAGCCAACCCGGAUAGAGUGAAGAAAGAGCUCCUGGCUCACAAUGUAGUUUGUGAAGAAUAUGGAGGAGAUGUUCAGGCUGUCCAUGUUUCAGCACUAAAGGUAAUUUUAACCUGUUGUCACUGUACUAGUCAUAGGUGGGCUUCAUUUCUGGAAGCAUGUUAUUUCCAGAAGCACUUUUCCUUUUCCCAUAAGCUAGUUCCAGCUAAUUCUGGAAGGUAAUUUGUAGUGCUUUUCACAGUGCAAAAUAAAAAUGCUUGUGUCAUUCUUGUGUGUCUGCAGGUGUAGAUCUACAGAUCAUUAGAUUGACGCUAAGAUGUUUCUUACAUCGAUCUGGGAGAGAAUUAGUUGGGGCAAAUGUUAAUUUUUUGAGGCUGAAUAAACAACUAAAUCUGCAAUCCUAAAAUGAGUGGGACCCAAAGAUGAUUUUGCUGCCGUAUGCAGCUAAGCCCUGCUGUGUUUUCACCAGCAGGGCAGAAGGGAGGUCCAUUUUGUGGGUUCUUAGAAACCCUGUUUUGGAGGGUAAUACAAAGGUGUGAUUUACACCAUCACCUGGGCUUUUGGAUCUGUCCGAUUCAAGCUGUUUCCUGGUGCUCCCUCGAAACACCCUCUUUUUGACUCUAUCCAUUGGUAGGGCCAGGUUUCGGUAGCAGCAAGGAGGUAGAAUUCAACUUCUGGCCUCUCUCUGUUUAUCCUAUACCCCUAGGGUUGCCUCCUUAAAGAGCAGAGGCAGCAACAAAGCUGCUAUAUGACGGACCAUACAGAUUGGAUGUCUUUUCCUCAUGCCAUUGCAAAUGAUCAAAAAACCCACAACCCAGCAAAGGAAGUACUGUGGGUUGGGAAAAAAAUUCCCUGGUGCUGAUGCAUGUUCCUGGACAUGAAGGAAUACCUGGCCACACAAUGACAGUCUCCAUGCAGAGGGGUUUAAAUCAUCCCCAUCCUCAAACGGCCGCCUAUGCAGUAAUCCAGAUUUUAGAGCUAUUCAUCUCCUGUCGUAACGUAACUGAUGUGUCAUUUCCUUGAUCCCAAGCGACUCAGCUCUUUUCUGAACUGUCUUUGUUCGGUGUAGGGUGACAACUUGAUGGCUUUAGCAGAGGCAACCGUGGCUCUUGCGGAGGUGUUGGAACUGAAGGCAGACUCUACGGGCCCCGUGGAAGGCACCAUCAUAGAGUCUCGUACAGAUAAAGGAAAAGGGUGAGCCACAGGCACAGGCCCCUUCAUUCCUUGACAGAAUCACUAGUCAUUUGAGUCAUUAUUAUUACUAUUAUUAUUGGUAAAUGUCAACCAUGCUUUUUUCUUCAAUGUUAUCUCCAUUAAUUGCCACCACCAGUCCUCUAUAUUUUUCCAUCUAUGUCCAUGUUAAAAUCUCUCUACUGCAAUCACAUAUUGGAAUUAACUUCCUGACAGUAAGAGCUGUUCGACAGUGGAAUUUGCUGCCAAGGAGUGUGGUGGAGUCUCCUUCUUUGGAGGUCUUUAAGCAGAGGCUUGACAACCAUAUGUCAGGAGUGCUCUGAUGGUGUUUCCUGCUUGGCAGGGGGUUGGACUCGAUGGCCCUUGUGGUCUCUUCCAACUCUAUGAUUCUAUGAUUCUAUGAAUAAUAUUCCAUAAUUUUCUCCUCCCUUGAUAUAUAUCCUUUAAUUCAUGCCCAGUUCCAGAUGUCCAAAUUCCAUUUCCUGUUGCAUUUCCAUUUCCUGUUAUUUAGAAGCAAAGUGGCUUCUGUUACUGCAAGACUAAGAGAGGUUAGGCUAUUGAACCCAGUGUGCAACCGAUCUAUCUCUUUCUGUGCUUCUGGGAAGCCACAGGAGAGCCACCGGGAAUGUAGUGGGUGAACUUGGGACUGGUCCUUAUCUCCAUCAUAAUUCACCUAACAGGGGUAAGGAACUGUGGGGUUGGUGAUAUUAGCGAACCAGCGGCCCUCCAGAUAUUGCAGACCUACAUUUCCCAUCAUGCCUGAUUGUUGGUUGGAGCUGAGGGGAGUUGAAGCCCAGCAACAUCUAUAGGACCACUGAUUUCCCCAUCCCUGACUUAAGGAGUGGGGAAUCUAGGUACACUGUCCUGAACUAUUUGGAAGGGCUGGGCUCAAGUGUGAUAAAACAGAUAUCAAAGUACAGUGGCACCUCGGGUUACAUACGCUUCAGGUUACAGACUCUGCUAACCCAGAAAUAGUACCUUGGGUUAAAAACUUUGCUUCAAGAUGAGAACAGAAAUCGUGCUCCGGCAGCAGCAGGAGGCCCCAUUAACUAAAGUGGUGCUUCAGGUUAAGAACAGUUUCAGGUUAAGAACAGACCUGCGGAACGAAUUAAGUUCUUAACCCGAGGUACCACUGUAAACAGAAAGCAUAUGCAUUGCGAAUUUCUUUGCUACCAUCCACAUAUGCUAUAACCUGCCUCAAGACAGCUCACUAUGGAAAAAAAUGCAAAUAAAAUUAGUGGCAUAAAAUUGGUUGUUCGAAUUCAAACGUGAUCUUCCCUCUUUCUCCCCUCUAGUCCAGUUACCACUGCCAUCAUCCAGAGAGGCACUCUGAGAAAGGGCUGUAUUCUGGUUGCAGGGAAAAGCUGGGCCAAAGUGCGUAUGAUGUUUGACGAGAACGGCAAGGCCAUGGAAGUUUCCCCUCCAAGCAUGCCAGUGGAGAUCGUGGGAUGGAAGGAGGUUCCUUCAGCCGGAGAGGAAAUCCUUGAAGUAGAGUCUGAGGUACCACAGAUUUCCCAUUUAGCAUUUAAGCCUGGUGCCCCCAAGGUGGGUCCUCUCACUGGGCAACGAGGACACACUCACCUUGGGCUUCAGGCCUCUGGGGGGAAAGCAGCAGGGACAAGCUACCAGGGCAGUGAUGGAGAACCUGCGGCCUUCCCCAUGUCGUUGGGCUGCAACUCCCAUCUUUCUGAGGCUGAUGGGAGUUGGAGCCCAACAAUAUCAGGAUGGCCGCAUUGGGCCCCCAUCCUUGUACUACAGAGAAGGAGCAGAAUUAAUGAACACGGAUUGGCUUCGGCUGUGGCAGCUCAAGAAGCUAUUUACACUGCUGGAACAGAAGCUGUGUGCAAGCUGUUUGCAUCCUGCUUUCUUCCACUCCAUUACAGUGGUACCUCGGGUUACAUACGCUUCAGGUUACUUACAUUUCAGGUUGCAGACUCCGCUAACCCAGAAAUAGUACCUCGGGUUAAGAACUUUGCUUCAGGAUGAGAACAGAAAUCGUGCUCCGGCGGUGCGGCAGCAGCGGGAGGCCCCAUUAGCUAAAGUGGUGCUUCAGGUUAAGAACAGUUUCAGGUUAAGAACAGACCUCCAGAAUGAAUACUUAACCUGAGGUACCACUGUACCUAAGAUGGCAGGGUGCAGCGGCUCAUGGAGAGCACAGUGGGCCCCACAAUCUCUGUGUACUUAGCAGCGCUUGUUCUGAUCUUCCUCAAGCCACCAGAAGCAUAAUAACUUCAUUGACCACCUCUCCUCCACAAAAGGUCUGGAGGGUUGUAAAAUGAGAACGGACCUUCUCUGCAGUAGCUCCCCACUUAUGGAAUGCUCUCCCUGGGGUGAUUUGCCUGGCACCUUCAUUAUACACCUCUAGGCACCAGGCAAAAACAUUCCUCUUCAACCAGGCCUUUGGCUGAUUGUCAUCUGAUGCCCUUUUUAAUGUUUUUUUUUUGGGGGGGGUAGAUUUUUAGUGUGUUAUUGUUCUUAUUUUUAUUACGUAUCUUGUGUUUUUUAUAUCGUGAUUAUAUAUUGCAAACCACCCUGAGAUCUAAGAGUAUAGGGUGGUACACAAAUGAAUACAAAAUUAAAAUGAAGUAAUAAUAAAAAGUGUAAAGCAAAAAAUAUAGCUUAAAAAAACCCUAAGAUAAUUUAAACAGAACAGCUGUGUUUGGAGGCAACAUAUAUUUGAGUACCAGCUGCAGUGGCUGACUCCAUCCUAGUUUGAGCUGUUAACAUCUGGCUGGUCAGUGCUGCAGAUGUAGGUUUGACUACUACCUUCCCUUCCAGGUACCGAACACAGUUCCCCACUUCCCUCUGUAGCUCUCGGUGCACACCAAAAAUAAAUUGCUGGUGGGAAGGGAACCCUUGGGCUGUUGGGUGGGGGCUGCAGAUGGAGGUGGGAGCCCAGAUCCUGGGAUCCCAGCUAUCCUGCUAGAUCAGAGAGGCAGUUCUUUUGUUCUUCUGCCAAGCAAAGGGCUCGUGAAGUUGUUGAGUGGAGAAGCUACGCCGAGCAACAAGAGAAGGCGAAGAAGGACCUAGAGGUCAUUGAGGUGAAGCAGAAGGAGCACAGGGAUGCCUACAAGAAGGACAGAGAAGGCAUGGAAAACAUGUCCUGGAAGCAGAGAAGGGCAGCGGUGUACAAGAGCAAAAAGCAUCUCCUGGCUAUACGACCGAAAGAAAAAGGGGAGAGUGACAAAAAUGUGCUGCACAUCAUCAUCAAAGGUGGAGUCCUUCUUACUCAGUUGGGUUUGUCCUGCUCCCAAGAGCUGCUAUUAUUAUUAUUAUUAUUAUUAUUAUUAUUAUUAUUAUUAUUCCCCAGCACCGAGGCAGUGGGCUGGGCGGGGUGCACUUCCCCAUAUAAUAUUAAAUAGCACCUGUAAUGGUAUCAGGGGGUUGCACGAGAGCAAUCAAGCAAUCGGGCAAAUUCCUCCCUGGUCAGCUGUAAACCCUUGUUAUUGGUGCCAAAAAAAACCUUCACCAUGAAGAGCGCCUCUAUUCCAUGUCUUGCUCAUUCACUGGCAGAAUCUGAGAGUGGGCGGUCCUUAAACCUUCCCCAGCAGAGUAGUUUGUUGACACCCAGUCUGCGCCUCCCCUCUCUGCGCGGAAGCCUACUGCGCAAGGAGGGCAUGGGUAACGGAGGACCUCUCUCCUCCCCGCUUUGCUGCCUCGCCUCCCCCGAGCCCUGCAGCUCCUCUCCACUGGAGGUGUGGUUACUCUCUUCCGCUGAGGGGGUGCUGCUUCCCACAAUCUUUGGGGGCUCUCUGUAAUCCAUCCUGCUUUUCCCCUCUCGCCCCUGAGCCGAUGGCAGUUCCCUGACAGCACCAUUUGAAGCCUCGAGAAAGCAAGGCCCACAAGAGGGCACACAUGGUACAUAGGAAGCUGCCUUAUAUCAAGAUAGACCAUUGGUCUGCCUAGUUCAGUAUUGUCUGCACUGAUUGGUAGCGACUUUCCAGGAUUUCAGACAGAGCUCCCACAGUCUUGCCUGGAGGUGUUGGAAAGUGGACUUAAGUCGUCCUCCUGCAUCGAAAGCAAAUGCUUUAAUGCUUGAACCGUGGUCCUUCCUCAUGCUACUUAACUGACACACAGGUGUGACUUAACUGGCAUUGAGAAUGGCACCUGUCAUUGUUAGCCAUUUAUGAUAAAAUAGGCACCAUACACAGGACGCGGGUGGCGCUGUGGGUAAAACCUCAGCGCCUAGGACUUGCCGAUCGCACGGUCGGCAGUUCUGUGCUCCCGUCGUUCGGUCCCAGUGCCUGCCAACCUAGCAGUUCGAAAGCACCCCUGGGUGCAAGUAGAUAAAUAGGGACCGCUUACCAGCGGGAAGGUAAACGGCGUUCCGUGUGCUGCGCUGGCUUGCCAGAUGCAGCUUGUCACGCUGGCCACGUGACCCGGAAGUGUCUGCGGACAGCGCUGGCUCCCGGCCUAUAGAGUGAGAUGAGCGCACAACCCUAGAGUCUGGCAAGACUGGCCCGAACGGGCAGGGGUACCUUUACCUUUACCUUUACCUUAGGCACCAUACACAAGACCUGAAGAUAAAUUGAGACUUGUCAAGUUGGCAACAGUUGAACAGCAAGUAUUAUUCACGUAUAUGUUAAUGACUACAAUGUGUUUCUCUCCCUUGAGCCCAAGAGAGGCUUUAGUCCUUUUUGUUUUCAAAACGCCUUCAUAGCGGUGCAUAAGUUACUAGUCCAUAGCUUGCCUGUCCUCACAAACUCCUCCAGACACCCUCACGGUUCUCAGCCAAAGAAUCAACUAACAGAGUAGCUUGCCAACUGCCACCUCCUUUCCCCAUACCAGUUAUUCUUUGUGAAAUGCAUUUAUAAAGCAAAUACAAUACCAAUGCUAACAGUCACGACUGUUAAUGGCUGUACUUGUAGACUCUUCUUUAUUGAGCAACCCCACAACAUUUUAAUCAGACUGUUGGAAAGUCCUGGGAGGUUUUAAUUUCAGAAGAAGAAGAGUUUGGAUUUGAUAUCCCGCUUUAUCACUACCCGGAGGAGUCUCAAAGUGGCUAACAUCCUCCUUUGCCUUCCUCCCCCACAACAAACACUCUGUGAGGUGAGUGAGGCUGAGAGACUUCAGGGAAGUGUGACUAGGCCAAGGUCACCCAGCAGCUGCAUGUGGAGGAGCGGAGACACAAACCCGGUUCCCCAGAUUACGAGUUUAUUGCUCUUAACCACUACACCACACUGGCUCUCAGUGUGUCUGUGAGACACAGUUUCCGCGAGUUUAAUCAAAGCUCUAUUCAUUGCUCAGCUCCUUCUCAUUUAAUUGCAUGAGACUUAAGAUCCUCAUGGAUUGUACAGUAAUUAGUUGUGCUAUUCUUUGUUUUGUGUGUGCCACUCGCAUUUAAACUCACUGGGACUUUUGCUCCGCCCAGGUGACGUUGAUGGUUCUGUGGAAGCCAUCUUGAACAUCUUGGACACCUACGACGCCGAUGAGGAGUGUGAACUAGACGUGGUCCACUGUGGGAUUGGGGAUAUUAGCGAAAAUGACAUAAACCUCGCAGAGACAUUUAAAGGUAAAGGGUGGCCAUUGAAGAAAGCGGUACAAAGUCAUGUGUCUUAGAUGGCUAAAGAGCCAGAGCACUUUGCCUUGCAAGCAGUCAGCAGCUCAGUAACCGGCCUUAAAGUACAGUGGUACCUUGGGUUAAGUACUUAAUUCGUUCCGGAGGUCCGUUCUUAACCUGAAACUGUUCUUAACCUGAAGCACUACUUUAGCUAAUGGGGCCUUCCGCUGCUGCCGUGCCACCAGAGCACGAUUUCUGUUCUCAUCCUGAAGCAAAGUUCUUAACCCGAGGUACUAUUUCUGGGUUAGCAGAGUCUUUAACCUGAAGCAUCUGUAACCUGAAGUGUCUGUAACCCGAGGUACCACUGUACACAGAAGGUGUGCUGCAGUGACUGCAGGCAGGGUUCCCAUGGAGCAGAACGGGAUGCACUUUCCCACCCAUGUUGCAAGGCAAGUCAGGAAUGCGUAUCUCAUCCCCUUGACACAUUGUGUUACCUGUCAAGACUGUGGCCAGCUGGCACCUUUGAUGCCAACUAUUGGAGCUGCACAUUAACUCUCCUGGUUUAGGGGUAGUUGCUGCAUGCACCAUCCUGAUUUCUGAAUGCUUUGCAUGCAAGAUUAAGAGUCUUCACGUAAUGCUUUUCAUGUAAGUCAGCUUGAGGCCCUUUGUGGGACAAAAGGCAACUUGCAGGUUUUUAUAAGUGAAAUAAAUGGCUUUCUGCAUGGCUGUGGGAAUUCAGGGCACAGAAUUUAACAUUGCAAGAAACUCAUCUUUAAUGUGAAGGAGGUCUCUCUUCCACAUGGCUGCAAAGAUAGGCUUGAGGUGUGUGUGUGUGUGGAAUGCUUGAUGAAAUCAUGGAAGUCAGAGAGGAGUAGGGUAGGAUUUUCAGUUCCCGAGACGUCUCUUCCCCAUCUCUUUCUUUCAGAUGUGGAAUAAAUUAUGCAAAAUAAGCAGGUGCGUGCGAAUGGGUGCAAUUCAGUUGGGUUUCAGAAUUUAGCAUUCCUUGGUGCAGAAUGUUACCAUGCUGCAGAUGUUUUGGAUUUUCUCUUCAUGAAUAUACUCAGCCCUGCCCUUAAUGUUUGGUAAAUAGAGCAACUCUGGAACUUUUAAAGCAUGCUUAAUUUGAGCCAUUAGAAAGAAGAAGUAAAAUAGCAAUUUUACACUUACCCUCUUUUGUUGCAUUGCCAGGUGUUGUAUACGGGUUCAACGUGGACGCAAAUAAACCUAUUCAGCAGCUGGCUGCCAAGAAGGGAAUAAAGUUGAAAAUGCACAAAAUCAUCUACCGGCUUGUUGAAGAUUUACAGGCGGAGCUGAGUAGCACCUUGCCCUGUUCUCUAGAGGAGCAUGUGUUGGGUAUACUUCUGAAUUUGAGAUGGCGGAAAUAGGGGUGGGUGGGUGGUAAGCAUUGCUGGCCUGGGGGCCCGGGUGGUUGGCCUCCCAAAAGCAGCUGUCUGGCCACUGGACCUUUGGCGUGAUGAUACACCAGAAGUCUUUCAUUCAAGGGGUAGCAGUUUCAGCAUGGGUAUUUCUAAAAGCGGGAUGCGGGUGGUGCUGUGGUCUAAGCCACUGAGCCUCUUGGGCUUGCCAAUCAGAAGGUUGGUGGUUUGAAUCCGCACAACGGGGUGAGAUCCUGUUGCUCUGUCCCAGCUCCUGCCUACCUACCAGUUCGAAAGCAGGCCAGUGCAAGUAGAUAAAUAGGUACUGCUGCAGCGGGAAGGUAAAUGGCGUUUCCAUGUGCUCUGGUUUCCGUCACGGUGUUCCGUUGGGCCAGAAGCGGCUUAGUCAUGCUGUCUCUGGACAAAUGCCAGCUCCCUCGGCCUGAAAGCGAGAUGAGUUCUGCAACCCCAUAGUCGCCUUUGACUGGACUUAACUGCCCAGGGGUCCUUUACCUUACCUUUUUCUAAAAGUACUGAUAUUCAUGAAAUAGUGACAAACCAGAGACAGGAUUCUCUGCAGAAAUGCGCAGUGCUGUGACCGGCUGCAGAAAUUCUACUUCCUAAGGAUCUGUUUUUCUUUUUUAAUGCAAAAUUCUUCAUUUAUAUGGCACCCAUCUGGCUGGGUUGCCCCAGCCACUCUGGGCAGCUUCCAACAAAUUAAAAACAUCAAGCACAGUAAAACAUCAACAAUUAAAAACUUCCCUGUCAGAUAGUUGUUUAUUUCCUUGAUAUCUGCUGGGAGGGCGUUCCACAGGGAGGGGGUUGACUACUGAGAAAGCCCUCUGCCUGGUUCCCUGUAACCUUGCUUCUCACAAGGUUAGAAAGCCCUCGGAGCUGGACCUUGAGUCCAGCUGGGCUGGACGAUGGGGUUGGAGACACUCCUUCAGGUAUACAGUGCUUGAUACUUUGCUUGUAAUGUUUGCUGCAAUCUUACAGCACUUAGUGAGGUGCAGUUUGAACAGAACUUCUGUAGGUCAAGACUAGGGGGAAAAGGGAUGGGCUUCAACUUUUACUCAGAACAGACCUACUGAGUUCAGUGGGUCUACCAAUCACGUUCAUUUCAAUGAGUCUAAGCUCUGAGCUAAGUAAAACUUUGUUGGAUGAAGUAAAACAGGCUAAAGCUGCAGAGUUACUACAAAACAAGAAAGGGGAAAGAUUGCAGACUUGUUCAGGUACGUCAUUUAAAUUGCACAAAAUCCAGCUUUUAACUUGGAAAGUCUGGAUGCUGGGUUUUUUUUAGUACUGGAUACAAGUCACCUUAGCUUUUGUAUUUUGAUUGGAAUUAAUGUUCGUAUCUUUUUUAAUGAGCAGAGACUGCCUAAAUGGCACUUUUACGCUUUUAGGAUUCUCAUGCUUUUUUGUUUUCCUUAGGAAAAGCUGUUGUUUUAGCAAUCUUUGAUGUCACAGUUGGAAAAAGUACAGUUCCAGUAGCUGGCUGCAGAGUACAGAAGGGGCAGCUGGACAGAAAGAUGAAAUUUAAGUUAAUUCGUAAUCAAGAAGUUAUUUGGACAGGUGAGUAGCGGUUGAUUUCCUAAGCAGACAGUUCUACUGCCCAGUUCCCACAAUUGUAUGAAACUCCUGGAUUUCGUAAGCCUGCUUUCUGCCCCUCCCCUUGGUGAAAUUCUUACUAAAAAAAAAUAAUAGGCUGAAUAAGGAACCGAUAUUUAAGCACCUCUUUCUACAAAAAUAAAGUUUGAUCCUCCUCAGUCAUGUCAGUCACAGACACUUUCCCAAUAUGCUAUGUAGAUACUUUUGUGGGUAGCAGAGCUCCAGGUGGAAUCAGUUACUGAUUCUCUUCCGCAUGACUGUGUUGAAUUAUUGCAGAGGUGUGUUCAUAUAAUCUCAUGUGAGGUGUGUCUCUCCGACUGUUAACUUUAAGGGGGAAUUUGAAAACAUUACCGUUUACCCAGGCAUUUGAUGGUUAAAUCUUGUACGUGGCAACCAUGAGAACACUGGAUGCUUUAGUUGAGAUUCCUGCAUUGCCAGGGGUUGGAGUAAUUGACGCUCAGGGUCCUUUCCUUUUUUUUUUUUUUUUUUAAAAAAAUUUUAUUAAUUUCCCAUUAUUUAUACAUUAUAUCCAUAUUUCAAUAUAUCUCAUACAUUUUGGACUUCCUUCAGCGUCAUUGACAUUCAUUCGUAUUUAUAUCUUUAACACACAUUCCAUUCUUUCAUAUUGCCAUUCUUUCCUCCCUUCAUACAUUAUUUCUAUUGAACAAUACUUAUUAGUUCUUUACAGUGCCUCUUUAAAUCCCACUAGCGUUGUAUUUACAAAACAUUUAUUCUCCAGAUAACCCACAAAUUUCCCCCAGUCCUCAAUAAACUUUUGAUCCUUAGUAUAUCUGAUUUUCCCUGUUAAUUUAUCCAACUCGGCGUAUUCUGUCAGUUUUACUCUCCACUCUGCUACCGUUGGGAUUUCUUCCUGCUUCCACUUCUGAGCUAUCACAAUUCUGGCUGCCGUUACCGCAUACUGGAAGAGUUUGCAAUCCUUUCUUCUGAUAUCCUUUCCCACAAUGCCUAAUAAAAGGCUUCUGGCUUUUUACAAAAGUAUAACUUAACAUCUUUUUCAUUUCGUUAUAAAUUUCAUCCCAGAAGUUUUUAACUUUUUUACACUCCCACCAUUGAUGAUAGAAAGUCCCUUCCUUUUGUUUACAUUUCCAGCAUUUGUUAUCUGCCUUAUACAUCUUAGCCAAUUUUACAGGUGUCAUAUACCACCUGUAGAGCAUCUUCAUCACAUUUUCCCUCAGUAACGUGCAUGCCGUAAAUUUUAUGUUCACUCUCCAUAACUUUUCCCAAUCCUCCAAUUGAAUGUUAUAUCCGAAAUCCCUUGCCCAUUGUACCAUCACUGAUUUUACUUCCUCCUCCUUCGUAUUCCACUCUAACAAUAUUUUAUACAUUUUUGACAGGUUUUUAUAUUCGUUAUUUAUUAUCUCUUUUGGAAUUUCGAUUCCUUUUCCUCGUAACCCCUUUCCUUCACCUCUUCUUUAAACAUUUCAUUUAUCUGAAAAUAGUGCAGCCAAUCAUAUGUGAAUACUUUAACCUGAUCGUAAGAUUUUACUUUCCACUUCCCUCCUUCAUUAGUGACCAUUUCUCCAUACUUUCCCCACUUUUCUCUCAUGUUAACUUUCUUUACACUUAUUAUCUCCAACGGGGAUAGCCAAUGUGGGGUUUUCGGUUCUAAUAUAUUUUUAUAUCUAUCCCAGACCUCUAUUAGUGGACCUUUGAAAAUGUGGCUACAAAAUUCUUUAUGCACUCUCUUUUUGUCCCUCCAUAGAUACGCAUGCCACCCAAAUCUGUUAUUGUGCCCUUCCAGAUCUAGUAAUUCUUUAUUCUCCAACUUUACCCAUUCUUUUAUCCAACACAAACAUGCUGCUUCGUAAUACAGUCUCAUGUCUGGUAGGGCGAAGCCCCCUCUUUCUGUUACAUCUGUUAAUAACUUAAACUUAAUUCUGGGCUUCUUUCCUUCCCAGACGUAUCUAGAAAUCACCUUUUGCCAUUCUUUAAAGUUUUUGUACCUUUUAAUAUGGGUAUCGUUUGGAAUAAAAAUAACAACUUUGGGAGCACCAUCAUUUUAACCAUAGAUAUUCUUCCCCAGAGUGAUAAUUUCAGCCUGGUCCAGACCUCCAGAUCUUUAAUUCCAUUCCAAACCGGGGUGUAGUUAUUUUGGUAUAAAUCGAUAUUUUUAUUGGUAAGCCAGAGUCCCAAGUAUUUAACCUUUUUAACCACCUCAAUUUCAGUUCGUUGCUGUACUAAUUCAAUCUUAUCCUGAUCUAAGUUUUUAACAAUCAUUUUUGUCUUACUCUUAUUCAAUUUAAAUCCUGCUAACUUCCCAAAUUUCUCCAUCUCUUCCAAAAUCUCCUUUAUACUCUCUAUAGGUUCUUCCACUGUUAAGACCACAUCAUCUGCGUAAGCUUUAACUUUGUACUCAUUUGAACCUAAUGUUACCCCUUUAAUUUGUUUAUUUUGUCUUAUUGCAUUUAGUAGGACUUCCAAAACCGCAAUAAAGAGCAACGGCGAAGCGGACAUCCCUGUCUUGUUCCUUUGGAUAUUUUUAUAUCUUCAGUAAUGAUAUUAUUAAUUAUCAGUCUCGCCUUCUGUUCUGUGUAGAUUGCCUUUAUGCCAUUUAAAAAUUCAUGGCCCACCUCCAUAAUUUCCAAAUUUUUCAACAUGAAGUCCCAGACUACAUUAUCGAAGGCUUUUUCCGCAUCUACGAAGAUUAGGCUGGCUGGUUUGUCACAUCUAUCAGAAAGAUAUUCAAUUAGAUUAACUAUACUUCUUGUGUUAUUUCUUAUUUGCCUGCCCGGUAAAAAACCCGCUUGGUCUUCGUGUAUAAUUUUUAUUAGUAUCUUUUUUAGUCUUUUGGCUAAAAUUCCGGCAAAGAUCUUAUAGUCCGUAUUUAAUAAAGAGAUAGGUCUGUAGUUCUUAACUUGGGUUAGGUCCGAAUCUUGCUUUGGAAUUAUUGUGAUAAAUGCCUCCUUCCAGGUGGCUGGGAUAUCUCUUUCCUUUAGAAUGUUAUUCAUCACGUCAAUUAUCGGAGUCAUCAAUGUGUCUUUCAUUUCUUUAUAGUAGCUCGAUGUAAACCCAUCUGGGCCCGGUGCUUUCCCUCUUUUCAAUUCUUUUAUUACUUCUUCUACCUCUUCUCUAUAUAUUGGGGCAUUUAGCUGUUCCUUUUGAUCUAUCGAAAUCUUCCUCACCAUCUUUUCUUUUAAAUAUCUUUCUAUUUUUUUUAUUGUUCCUUUCUUUAUUCCUAUAUAGUUGCUCAUAAAAAUCCACGAAUCCUUUUCUAAUUCCUUUCGGGUCAGUUGUUUCUUCUCCGUUUAUUUGUAUUUUACUAAUUGUAUUUUGUUCGUUCCUCCUUUUAACUUGCCAAGCAAGCCAUUUUCCUGACUUAUUGGCGAAUUCAAAAUUUUUCUGUCUUAACCUUUUGAUGUUCCACUCAACCUCUUUAUUUAUUAACAUAGCAAAUUGAGUUUGGAGGGACUUUAUUUCCUGCAUUAUCCUUUCAUUGUUUGGUUUUUAAUCAAUUUUUGUUCAUUGUCCAUGAUCUGUCUCAGAAUCUCUUUUAUCCUUUUUCUUUGUUUUUCUUUUCCACGCAUUUUGUUGAAUAAAAAGGCCCCUCAUUACUGCCUUACUUGCGUCCCAUACCACACUUAUUUUCACCCCUUUAUCUAAAUUAUCCAAAAAAUAUUCAAAUAGUUUCUUCCGUAUUUUUCAACGAACUUUUGAUCAUCCCAUAGGUUAUCAUUCAGCCUCCAUCUGAAAGUUCGUUCUUCAGCUCCCUUCAUCUCCAGUUCUAUUGGGUUAUGAUCAGAAACGACUUUGGCCUGGAUUUCAAUUUUUGAAUUCUUGGUGUCAAUUCAUUUGAUAUCCAUAUUUGAUCUAUUCUUGACAUUGAUUGGUUCGGUUCUGAGUGAUAUGUGAAUUGUUUCUCCAGAGGGUGCCUAAGUCUCCAAAUGUCUAUUAAAUUACAAUUCUUAGUCAUCAUAAAGAAUGUCUUAGGUAACUUUCCUUCUUUGUUCUUCGUUUUUCUUAAUCUGUCCAUUUCAGUUGAAACCACCCCGUUCAUGUCUCCCAUUAUUAUGAUUUUUUGAUCCAUGUGUUCAAAUAGCUUCUCUUCCAAUAAUCUAAAAAAUUCUGUUUUGUUUCCAUUUGGUGCGUAAAUCCCGACUAUUAUCAAUAUUUCACCUUGCCAUUUAAUACGAACUGCUAUUAUUCUUCCUUCCUCAUCCUUAAAUAAUUGGUGCGAUUCAAUUUUAUUUUUAAUAUAAAGUACUACACCUCUUUUUUUCUCUUUAUCCGAAGAUAUGAAUUCAUUCCCUAACCUCUUAUUGAUAAGAAUUUUCCUAUGCUUCUUGGCCACAUGUGUUUCUUGGAGGCAUAUGAUGUCCAAGUUCUUCUUUUUUAGAAUACGUUCAAUUCCGUUCCGUUUUUUCUUAUCGUUCAUUCCAUUAAUAUUCCAAUUCCAUAAUUUUAGCGUCAUUUUCCUUACCACUGAUCAAAUUUGAAUUUUAACCUAUAUCCUUUCUAUCUCUUCUCCUUCUUCCUCUUCUUCGUCUUCCUCAAAUUUUCCUCCGUUCUGUUCUUCUUCUUCUCCCAAUUCUGGUUCCUCCCUCAGUCUUAGUCCGCCUUCUGCUCCUUUAGACUCCUCCUCUCCCUGUUGAAGCUCUUUAUAUCUUCUUGUGAACUUUCCUAUUUCCUCAGGGCUUGUCAAUCUUCUUUUAACUCCUUUAUAAAAGAAUGAGACACCUUCCGGAAAUUCCCAUCGAAAGUCAAUCCUAUUUUUCUUAAGCAGUUGCACCAGUGGUUUAUACGGUUCUCUUCGUUUCAACAGCCUUAUUGGAAUAUCUUUAAAUAUAAUUAUGUAGUUUCCAUCGAUAUAUAGUCUCUUCUCUCUAUUCCUUUGCAAAAUCAGGUUUCUCAUCUCUCUAUCUUUAAAUGUAACUAAACAGUCCCCUGGGAAUUUCUUUACCCUGUUUGAUUUAAUUUUCAUUCUAUAUGCAUUUUGUAUUGUCUUCGCCACAACUUCUUCCGCCAACUCCAUCCACUGCGCUAUUUCCUUUGUUAGUCUUUCUUUUAUAUUUUCAUUUUGUACUUCCGGGAUUUGCCUCAAUCUUAAAUUAACUUCUCUCUGUUUUAGUUCAUUCAUUGCAAUAGAAUCUUUUAUUUCUUCCUGCAUUUUAUUUAAAUCUGCUAUCUCAUUUCUCAUUUUUUCUUCUUCCCGCUUCAUUUCUUUCAUUUCCUGUUUAGUCUUUUUUAAUCCUUCAUCCACUCUUUUUGAGACCUCCUUGAUCUGUCCUUUCAGUUCACUUACUGUCUCCUCAAUCUUUUUGUCCAUUUUCCCAAUUUUAUUAUCCACCUGUUCUAAUUUUGUCUCUAAGUUUUUCUCACUUUGUUUUAUUUCCGCAAACAUCCUCAAUAUUUCUGUUCUAAAUUCUGUUUCUUGUUUUGAGGCUCUCCUAUCUGUUGGGGUUCCCCCCUCCACCCCUUUUUUUUGCGUAUGCGACAUUAUCUUAAAUCUCAAAAUAUCGUAUAUUUCCACUGAAUAUUCCUUAUCUUUCCCGUCCUUCCUAUGUAAAUGUUCUUAUACUUGCUAUUAGGUAAUAUUAAAUUAACCGCCAAAAGUAGUAUGUACAACCCUAUAUAAAAUGACAACAAAUGACGAUAAAUAACCAGAAACCAGAGUACUACAAAUCGCGACUUCUUUAGACAAUUGCCUCCACUUAAUAUGUUUAAAUGUUAUCCCUUCCCCUAAACUUCGAGAGAAAGUAGUUGUCUGUUAGUUCUGGUAGUAUUCUGUUUAUAGUCUUCUUGCCCCUAUUCGGGCUAAUCCAACCAACGCUUUGGUAGACACCGUCCCGAUUUGUAGAUUUGUAAAUCCGAAUAUAAUUCAAGUAGAAAUAACAGAAAUUUUAGGAGAACUCCACUUAUAGCUUCAGAGGUACACCAAAUUUAAAUGUUAGUUUGAAUAUAAUUGUCAAUAUUCAUGUUAAUGUUCCUUAACCAAAUAUGUUCCUACUGAGUAGAUUAAUGAGUUUAGUCCAACAGGGGGGGAGGCCUCUCCUGAACGGUUAUCUUCUUUACUUCGUUAAGCCUAAAAAACCUCAACUGAGGUUUUCCAGGAUUAGGAUAUAAUAUUUGGCUUACGCCACAAGAGGGGUCAACCCCUUUCAAACUUAGGAGGAGGUUUCUUAAUUGGUUUUCCUUUUCAACUACCCUCCUUAUAUUCUUCACUCUUUCAAUGUAUAAACAGAGAUAACAGAGAUAACGAAGAAAGAUAGUAAACAAGAGGAAAACCCCAAAACGUCGACCCAAAGUACUUCAAGUUGUUUUGUCUUCUCUUUCUAUACGUCUUUUGGAGUCACUUAAUAUGGCGUCUGAAGCUCCUCUCCACCCCCGCUUAAUAUGGCGUUGGGCAAUCUUCCCAAUACCUUAACUUCUUCACAUAAAUCUUAACAAUAGUCCUCUUUGUAUUUCAGUUAUCUCAGUUACACUAUCGACUGGGUUUUCUCUUCUGUCACGACACUUCUCUGCUCCCCCUUAGCUUUCUCCCUUUCUCCUUUAUCUUUUGGAGAAAGUUUCUUUUUAACUUGAGUAGACGGGAGAGACGGAAACAGUAGCCGCUAGCGGUAACUUACUUUCUCUUUCGGCUCUGCAUGCAGCGCUGCGUCUUUUUCAAUGAAGUCAAACCGGCGCUGAACUCGGACUCUUCUCUUUUUACUCGGAGACUUCCUUAUCUUUUUCCCCUCUCACGUUGUUAUAAAGACUAAGUUCUGAAUCCGAGUUUCUUUAUAUCGAGAGCGGGGCGCUAAUCCUUGCAGGCUCGGGGCUUCGCUGGUUCGCCGCUAUAAUGGCUGCCCGAUUACCCACUGCUCGUUCUGCCGCUCUCUUCACCUUUAUUCAAAGGCUACCUGACGAUCGGACGAACAGCUUCCAGGCACUGCCGGGCACCUAGACCUCUAGACACCCUCCAGAGGCUUAACAGGAGGUUUUUUUCGCCCUAAAAACCUCCAAAUUCGGCCGAAAAAGCUAGGGCUCUCUCCGCAGAAAAAACCCUCGCCUGCAGCAGGUUCCGCGCUCCACCGGAAGUCCCGGCUCAGGGUCCUUUCCAACUCUACAGUUCUGAUUCUGAGUAGUGUGCUCUGGAGUGCUGUGACGUACAUGAAAAUUAGUUACAGUUAAGACAUGGUCUGAUUUGGAGCAAUCUCUGCACUCUAAACAUUUCUCACCUCGUAAUAAAUGUUGCACAAUUUGGAGUUUUUGCUUUAUGUAUGUCUGUUUUACCUAGGAUACCUAUCGUCACUGAAGCACCAUAAAGAUGAUGUCCCUGUAGUCAAGACUGGCAUGGAUUGUGGACUCAGUCUGGACAAGAACAUAGCAUUUCAAGUGGGAGAUGAAAUUGUUUGUUUCAAUGAAAAGGAAGUUGAGCAGACGAUCUCUUGGGACCCAGGAUUUUAA